CCGAGACGGAACCGGAGGUUCGGGUGGGUUCGCCCGCUUUCUCUGCUCCCGCAAACAUGCAGCCCGCAGCCUGAGCGCGGCUCGUCGUCACCGCUCGGUCGCCGCGCGGCUCCGGAGAUGCCAUGAAAAUCACGAGAGCCGAGUGAGAGACCGCUGCGAUCACACACACGGCGGCGGCGGCGGAGAUGGCGAGCCAUGGACGCUGGUGGGAAGCUCCGCAGUAGGUAGCGCUCCCGCAGACCCCAGAGCAGCCCGACGUCUCUGCCGCGCGGCUUAGCCGCCGAAGAUGGAUUUCAACCGGCUCCGGAGCAUCAUCACCAGAUACUGUGUGGGGGAGGAGAGCUGGGUGGACAAUCGGACCGUGUACAUCGGGCAUAAAGAGCCCCCUCCGGGAGCUGAGGCCUACAUCCCUCAGCGUUACCCCGACAACCGCAUCGUCUCCUCCAAGUAUACCUUCUGGAACUUCAUCCCCAAGAACCUGUUUGAACAGUUCAGAAGAAUCGCUAACUUCUACUUUUUGGUCAUAUUUCUGGUCCAGCUUAUCAUCGAUACCCCCACCAGCCCAGUCACCAGCGGCCUGCCCCUCUUCUUUGUGAUCACUGUCACCGCCAUAAAACAGGGCUACGAGGACUGGCUCAGGCACAAAGCGGACUGCUCCAUAAACGAGUGUCCCGUGGACGUGGUGCAGCGGGGGAAGGUGGUGAGGACGCAGAGUCACAAGCUGCGGGUGGGAGACAUCGUCGUGGUGAGAGAGGACGAGACGUUCCCCUGUGACCUCAUCCUGCUGUCUUCCUGCCGCCAUGAUGGGACCUGCUAUGUCACCACCACCAGCCUGGACGGAGAGUCCAGUCACAAGACUUAUUAUGCUGUACCAGAUACCAUGGCCUUUAGAACAGAGCAGGAGGUGGAUUCGCUACAUGCAACUAUUGAAUGUGAACAACCGCAGCCUGACCUCUACAAAUUUGUGGGACGCAUCAAUAUUUAUAGGGACAAAGAGGAGCCUGUGGCUCGACCGCUUGGAGCUGAGAACCUGCUGCUUAGAGGAGCCACCCUGAAGAACACACAACACGUUUAUGCUGUUGCAGUCUACACUGGCAUGGAGACCAAGAUGGCACUAAAUUACCAGUCCAAAUCUCAAAAGCGCUCCGCCGUAGAAAAGUCGAUGAAUGCUUUCCUCAUAGUGUAUCUGUGCAUCUUAAUAAGCAAAGCAGUGAUCAACACUGUUCUGAAGUACGCCUGGCAGUGGUCCCCCGACCGAGACGAGCCCUGGUACAACCACAGAACUGAGAACGAGAGACAGCGCCACGUGGUGAUCCGAGCAUUCACAGACUUCCUGGCUUUCAUGGUCUUGUUUAAUUACAUCAUCCCGGUGUCUAUGUAUGUGACGGUGGAGAUGCAAAAAUUCCUUGGCUCCUAUUUCAUCACCUGGGAUGAGGAGAUGUUUGACGAGGAGCUGGGAGAGGGAGCCCAGGUCAAUACGUCGGAUCUUAAUGAAGAGCUGGGACAGGUGGAGUAUGUGUUUACUGAUAAGACCGGCACCCUGACUGAGAACAACAUGGAGUUUAUUGAAUGCUGCGUCGAUGGGAACGUCUACAUCCCACAUGCCAUCUGCAACGGCCAGAUCCUCAGCGCCGCUUCCAGUAUAGACAUGAUUGACUCCUCACCUGGAGGAUACAGGAGAGAGCACGAGGACCUGUUCUUCAGGGCCUUGUGUCUGUGCCACACGGUGCAGGUGAAGGAGGAGGAGACGGUGGACGGCAUCAAGAGGGGCAUCCACCAGGGCCGGCCCACCUCCUUCUACAUCUCCUCCUCGCCGGACGAGGUCGCCUUGGUGGAGGGAAUGAAAAGGCUGGGUUAUACCUAUCUGAGGCUGAAAGACAGCUACAUGGAGAUCCUCAACAAAGACGACGAGAUUGAAAGGUUUGAGCUGCUCCACGUCCUGAACUUUGACUCCGUGAGGAGGAGAAUGAGCGUCAUCGUCAGGUCAAGCUCAGGUGAAUACCUGCUCUUCUGCAAAGGCGCAGACUCGUCCAUCUUUCCACGAGUGGUGUCUGGGAAGUUGGAGCAAGUCAAAGCUCGGGUGGAGCAGAAUGCUGUAGAGGGGCUCAGGACGCUCUGCGUGGCCUAUCGGAGGUUGUCGGUGUCGGAGUACGAGGAGGCCUGUCAUCACCUGACGGAAGCCAAGCUCGCCCUGCAGGACAGGGAGCAGAGGCUGGCGCACGCCUAUGACAUCAUCGAGAGGGACUUUGUGCUUCUGGGCGCCACGGCGGUGGAGGACAGGCUCCAGGAGAAAGCUGCCGACACCAUUGAAUCACUGCACAAGGCUGGGAUGAAAGUUUGGGUCCUGACAGGAGACAAGAUGGAGACGGCCGCAGCAACCUGCUACGCCAGCAAGCUGUUCCGUCGCAGCACACAGAUCCUGGAGCUGACGAAGAAACGCACGGAGGAGCAGAGUCUGCACGACGUUCUCUUUGAACUCAACAGGACUGUUUUGAGACAGCGCUCCAUUUCUGGGUUGUCUGUGGACUGCCUGGACUUUGGCCUGAUCAUCGAUGGAGCCACUCUGUCUGCAGUGUUGAAGGCCAACCAGGAAGGCGCCGGCGCCGGCAACUACAGGGAAAUCUUCCUGGAGAUCUGUCGCAACUGCAGCGCGGUGCUGUGCUGCCGCAUGGCGCCGCUGCAGAAGGCGCAGAUCGUGAAGCUGAUCAAAGCAUCAAAGGAGCACCCCAUAACCCUCGCCAUCGGCGACGGAGCCAACGACGUCAGCAUGAUCUUGGAAGCGCACGUGGGCAUCGGCAUCAUGGGUAAAGAAGGUCGACAGGCCGCGAGAAACAGCGACUACGCCAUCCCCAAGUUCAAGCACCUGAAGAAGAUGCUUCUUGUUCACGGCCACUACUACUACAUCCGAAUCGCUGAGCUUGUUCAAUACUUCUUCUACAAGAACGUGUGCUUCAUCUUCCCUCAGUUCCUGUAUCAGUUCUUCUGUGGCUUUUCCCAGCAGCCUCUGUACGACACCGCCUACCUGACACUGUACAACAUCAGCUUCACCUCGCUGCCCAUCCUCCUGUACAGUCUGGUUGAGCAGCACGUCACUAUGGAGACGCUGAAGCGGGCGCCCUCCUUGUACAGAGACAUAGCGAAGAACUCCCUGCUCCGCUGGCCAGUUUUCCUCUACUGGACGUGCUUGGGGGUGUUUGACGCCGUGAUCUUCUUCUUUGGUGCCUACUUCCUGUUUGACAACACCACCUUCACCAGCAACGGCCAGCUUAUGACCACCAACACACAGAUGAUGUUUGGCAACUGGACCUUUGGGACUCUGGUCUUCACCGUUCUGGUGUUCACCGUUACGCUCAAGCUUGCGUUGGACACGCACCACUGGACCUGGAUCAAUCACUUCGUCAUCUGGGGCUCGCUGCUUUUCUACGUUAUUUUCUCUCUGCUCUGGGGAGGCAUCAUUUGGCCGUUCCUGAACUACCAGCGGAUGUACUACGUGUUCAUGCAGAUGCUGUCCAGCGGUCCCGCCUGGCUCAGCAUCAUCCUGCUCAUUACGGUCAGCUUGCUGCCAGAUGUCAUUAAGAAGGUCCUCUGCAGGGCCAUGUGUCCCACAGCUACUGAACGUGCACAGGAGCAGAAGCUGCCGCGGGGCUGCUUGGCCGAGUUGACUCCGCUGUCCUCUCACCGGUCCCACGCUGGCGCCGGCACAGACUCCUCCCGCCUUCGCCUCGGCGCCGCAGAGACGCCGGCGCUGCGCAGGUCCGACCCCCUUCCCCACAAACUGCUGGCCCACUUGGCCGAGGGCGGCGGGCCGGACCUGCGCUCCCUGAGCCCCUGCGUGCUGCGACUGUCGGGGGCCGGAUUCGCCUACUACGCUCCAGGGCCGGAGACCUCGGUGUGAACACGGAUACUGACCCGAAAACUACGUCGGGCCCGAAAUACACAGAAAACAGGACAAUCCAAGAUGUGUGACCAAGAUUAGCAUGAGAAGGAUGGAAGAUUUAUAGAACAAGUACAAAGGAAGGUGUUGACAUCUGUAGCAGCGUGGCUCCUCCAUGCUGAGCUCACCAUGUGCAUUUUCCUACGUCAUCAGACUCGAACGCUUUGGCGUCGGUGGAGUCCCUGGUUUCCUUCCAUAAAAGUUCAAGCUCUUACUUGAAAAAGUCUAAACUAAAGGGGAACCAUUUGCGCAGGUGCAUCAUUUUUUGCACCAUGCGACUGUCAGUCCGACGUUUUGUACUGUUCGUCCUCCGUUUCACUCUCACUUGCCUGUUCCUCCACCUAAAUGUCCCUUUGUUUUGCUUCUUCGUACGUUUACGUGCAGUCUGUGGUCCGGCCAAGUCGAGGGGCGGCCGCGGGGCCCGGCCCCUCGCGUGUGCGUGCAUGCAUGUGCGUGAGUCGAAUGCAUGAGCUCGUUGUUGCCGUACGUUUCUAUGUGACACACCUUUGCCUUACAGGUGAGCACGCAGCAGUAGACUAGGAGCCAAAGGAGAAAGGUGUCAGAACGUAACACAUGUGUAUUACUGAGCCUUACACACACACACACACACAUACACACACACACACACACACCAUCGAGGCAAGAGACGGAGGAUGUGUGGCAUUCAGCCACUCUGCCUUAAAUCAUCCCACAUAGUCAUUGGAUUAUUAUUCUGGGUUCUGUGCCUAUUCUCAUUUCUCUCAUUUACCUUUGUGACGGUGCCAACCUGUCUCCUCUGCAUCGUGACCUCUCUUCGUUUCAGCUAUCGUCCUCCUCCGCCUCCUCCUCCUCUUCCUCCUCCUCCUCAGACAUCCUUCAUCCCAAACCCUUCAUGACCCCUUUGAUCAGCACACUGUACUCACUCCCGCCCCCAUGUGGCCGUUUAUCGUAACAGGCGCAGUUUUUAUUUGCGUGUGUUUGUGGAUGACUUGCUGUUCUUCUCUGUCGCAUGCUUGUGGGUUUGACGUUAUUGUGUGAAUGCCAACGUCGUCUCGUUUCACUGUGUUGCUUCGACUAAGACGUUUUCAUGUAUUCGACGAAAUAUUAAAGGCGAACACUGUUUCUGUAAGGACGAAGUGCACCCAUUUAGGCAGUGAGAGGCGGUGUUGUGUGGUCUGUCCUCAAAGCGGCGAUGUAACAAUCAAAUCAAUAAGAAUGUUGAAGUGACCUGUCCCUCACGUCCUCCAGCAGAAGAUUGUAGCUCAUUGUGGAUGAACCUGGUUAAUGUGUUUCCAACAUCUGGAGUCCUCUUUGUCCAAAGCGCAUCUGUUGCGUGACUGAAAUCUUGAAUGUCAGACUGCGAAGCGUGUUAAUAGUUUAUUUUCAUACACGUCUGCCAACAUAUAGAACAUAUAGAGUUUUAUUAACAGGUGUGAGAUGAUUUUUUUUUCUUGUUUCCUUUGAUUGGAGGCCUGAGUUUUUCCCACUCAGAGCUCACGAGCCUCCACAAGCCCACCGCCCUGACCUCAGUUGCUUGUAACGCAGCGUCCCACCUCACUGUGCUGCUGCCACACUGUGUCAGACAUGGUCUGCGUGUCAUCAACCAAUAAUACUAGUCUCUGGUUAUGUUUCCUUCCCACUUCUUGUCAUUUUUGCGUUUAUAUUUCCAUGUUUCUUUUGCUACUUUUGUAUCCCAGAGAGAAAACUAUAUUUUAAUGUUAGAAUGUGUGUUCAGGUUUCUAAUCAACACGAGAGCAACAUAUACAUUAUAUACAGUAAUUCAGUAGAGAUUUACCGUCUACACGCUGCACUUUGUUCUGCCGCAGGUCAGUUUCCUCCCUGGAAGCAGGUCUGUCGUUCGCCGCCUGGGGGCUGGAAGCAUUCACGCGUCUUCACAGUUUAUUUUUCUAAAAAACAAAAAAAGGAGAGAUUGUAGCAGGUGAGGACCACGUGACCAAAUAACUUGACGGGGGAAUGAACUGCUGGAGGUUGUCAGCCUCUGCAUCGGGUGGGGUUUUUUUGCACCAGCCGCCUUCUGCUGAUCAGAAUGUCAAACAGCUUUUCUACGUCCGUCAGCAGCAGGCGCUCGUCCUGUCACUGCUGAGCUUGUCUGAGCAACGUGCUUCAUAUCAUGCCAACAGUACAGCACUGUUUGUAUUACUAAACAGGUUUUGAGGAUUUUUUUGUUUUGUUUUGUUUUGUUUUGUUUUAUUGUUGGAUAAAAUUUUUAAAGUUGACUCAGCGACUUUUUGCCAGCGUGUCUGUAGCAAAUGAGGACAAAGCACUGUAUUGUCAUCCUGCUUGUAAUAAAGAGAGUGGAAACACUU